AUGGACACCCCCGAGGUCGCGACGCCCACGUCCGGCGUUGCUACGCCGCUGACGGUGCCGUCAACGCCGGCGAAGACGGGCUUCAUCCCGCUGGUGACGGUCGUCGACUUCCACCAUGCGCGCGGGCCCGAGGUCGAGAUGUGGUUUGGCGUGCCCGAGGGCAGCGACCCGGCUGUCGAGUACGACUGGGGGCUGCUGCCGUUCAUGGCGUUGAGCGACGGCGCACAUCUAUCGAGCGAGGACUUUUCCUACUUCACCCUCCUCCGCCCUGCGACCGCCACCGGGCCCGCGACGUCCCUAUUCGGCAUUUCGUGCACGCGGCAGCUCGACGCCUCGCAGCUGAUCAACCGCCCCGCCGACGUGACCCGCUCGACGGUCCAGAAGGCCGUCGUCGUCAUCGCCGACACGCCGCAGCACUUUGGCAUGAUGCGCGAGCGGCUGAGCGUCGUCACCCAGGCCUGGUUCGCCCAGCGCGAGUUCACCGACACGGAGAUCCUGCGUCGCUUCCAGGAGAGCCUGGCGGAGGAGAAGGAGCGCGGGCUGUUGACCGAGGAGGAGAGCCGCGACCAGUAUCUCGGCAUGAACCUUAGGGAGCUUGUGCGCGAGUUCAGGUGGCAGACGUUGGUUCUGUUCAAGUGCUGUUUGCUGCAGCCAAAGAUGCUCUUUUUUGGAUCACGUUGCGAGCGGUUAUGCAUGAUGCAGUUUUCUCUCAUUUCAUUGAUACCCGGUCUUAUUCGUAAUCUCAUUGACUGCGCCGAUCCCGAGCUGAACAGGUAUGAAGAGAAGCUAAGGAAGCCCACAAGUCUGCGGACGAGCGAUCGCAACUCUCUGCUCACUUACAUGGGUCUGCCUCUUCAAAUAUUUGGCAAGGGCAGCUUGUUUGGCCCCUACACACCCCUCCAGCAGCUCGACAUCCUUGCCGAUUUUGGCACAAAGUCCUACAUUGUCGGCAGCACAAACUCGCUGCUCCUGCAGCAGCGAGACCGCUACAGCGAUAUCCUAAUCAACCUGGACGAGCACAACGUUAAUGUCACCUCCACAUCCCUUCGCAACGCCCUGGCACUUUCGGCGGCCGACCGCCGCUGGAUCGACUACCUGACCAACGAGGUGAACGAGACCUGGGAUGAGGCCAACCCGGGCCGGCCCAAGACCAUGGGCUACGUCGGCAGCGAGGAGUUUAUCCGCCUGCAGUUCGAGGAGUACAUCCUGUCGCUUGUCGCCUCGGUCAAGUACCGCGCCCACCUCCUCGCCAACCCCAACAACCCGCGCGCCCUCCUCCCGCACAUCGAGGGCGACCCGUCGCUCGACUUUGGCAGCGACUUUGUGGAGUACUGGAACCGCACGGAGAACCACCGCAUCUGGAACGCCAACACCGACUCACACCUCUUUGACGUGGUCGAGCCGCGGCAUCCAUGCGCCGGUGGCCUAACGAUCGACGACGUGCAGAGGCGCAUCGCGCAGCAGGUGCAGGACAUGCACCUCGACGAGCGCCUCGCCGUCGGCAAGGAGGUGCUGGGGCGCAACUUCGCCGCCGGCAAGGAGAAGGCGUCGACCAUGUUCAACAAGUUCUACGCCGACAUGGAGGCGUUCCGUGAGAAGAGGGCGGAGGAGCAGCGCAUCGCCCAGGAGCAGGCCGAGAAGGCUGGCGCGUCGGCGCCCCCUACGCCCACUAUCGGGUCCGAGACGGAGAAGAAGAGCGCUCAGGGCACGGGAGGCAAGGCCAGCUCGUACGUCAGUUCAUGGGUCACCUGGGCCGGCGAGAAGCGAAAGGCCGGAUGGGGCGGCGGCGGCGGCGGCAGCGGUAGCAAUAGGGACAGUACGAGUAGUAAUACCAGCGGAGGGGGCGGAGGAUACGGCGGCUGGGGCAGGGGAUGGGGCAAGUCCAAGACAACAGACGCCAACAAGGACGGCAGGACGUCCACGUCAUCGGCAAGCACCGAGGUCAACGAGAAGAAGGCCCCGGAGAGGAGCAGCACCAGCAACCACGACUUCCGUCCCCUGACGCAAGACUCGUUUACGGAGUCGCUGUUUUCUGCGGGGACGGUAGAGUCGGCGCCGGGCAGCCCCGAGAGGGAGCGCCGGCCAAAGUCAAAGGACGGCCCUGCUGCUGCCGCCGCCGCCGAGACACCCGCGGCGAGCGCUGAUGGCAAGCCGAACGGGCAGGAAAAGGAGAGCACCAUCAAGAUGGUGGCGCCCGAGCCUGAAAAGGAGCAGCCGCCGCUGACCCCUAAGCCCGCCGUCAUCGCGAAGGAGAAGCACGAAUCGUCCGACGAUGACGAGGACGAAGCCGCCCAGGACACACACGUCACGACAGAAGCCGCCGAAGCGGCCAAGGCUUGGGGUAGCGAGCGCCACUAA